AGCAGGUGUGUUUGCUGUAAUUGUGGCUGCUCUAAUUUUUUUUGCGGUCUCUGUUCUGUUCACUUUAAUUUCUUUAUACAGCGCAGACCCAGUCCCAGAUGAAAACAAAAGAGUCUUUUUGCCUUCUCCUUAUUUUGUACACAAAAUUACAGGCUGGUGACCCUGUGAAGUCUACCUUCCUCAAGCAAGAUUAUCUGAACUGGUUUGAGCGCCGUGGAAUUACCUUCAAGGACAAAAUCAAUGUGAAGCAAUUGGCCAGCCUAGCUGCUGAAAUUUCUGCUAGUGAGGAUAAAUGGUUCAACAUUGAUCUGAUUUUAAACAAUUCCGAGUAUGAUAUCCGUCCCCUAUGGCUACCCCCUUACCAUUGCCACUUCAACCCCAUAGAGUUGAUAUGGGGGAUAGUGAAAGCAUACUUUGAAGCCAAUGUUGGCAAGUGCGGGGACUCUGAGGAGGCAAUGAUACGUGUGUGGGAGGAGGCUCUGGAUUCCAUCACCCCUGAGGUUUGGGCCAACUGUGUACGACAUACAGAGGAGCUCAUUGAGGCGUGCUACCAAAAUGAGUGUCAAGUUGAGUCACCUGAUCAAACUGAGUACUCUCAAUUCAAACUGACUUUAAGUGAGGACGAUUUUGGUAUAGAGGACAGCGAAGAAGAUCAGCCCAUACCACAAGUCCCUCCCACACAGACAUCUAAACGUGCUCUUCCAUUUGCUGCUGGAUUCCCCACCAGCCAUAGUGACCCAAAUGACAUCGUAGCACUGUCAGAUGACGAGUGUGAUAUGCUUGAUGCAAUCCAAAGCAGUCAGGAUGCAUUGCAGCCUGUCUUUGGCUACGGCCAUGACUAUUGUCCAGAUCCUGUUCGGUAUUGUGCCAUUGCAGAACAGAUGGGCACAAGCUGUCAGGACGAAACUGUGAUGUCCACCAUUAAUAAAUUAAUUGUGCGAGGAAAGGACAUCAAAUCAGUAUUGGGAACGAGCAACUUGCCUCAGGCCAAGUGGCUCAAUGAUAUUGUGAUUGAUGCCUAUCUCUCACUUAUUGCUGAGAGAUCACAAAAACCAGGCUAUCCGUCUGUUUUUGUGUUCUCUUCGUUCUUUUACAACCGACUAUGCAGGAGUUCGUAUGCUGGUGUGCAAAGGCACACCAUCAAACUAAAAAAGUCUCUGUUCCAUCAUGAUCUAGUGGCCAUCCCCAUAAAUGUGGGUGGUCACUGGGUCCUCGCCACAUUGGAUAUGAGGCAUAAAAAAAUUAGUUUAUAUGAUAGUUUGGGGGGUAGAAAUCAUAGUGAAAUACUUAGUAAUUUAAGAAACUAUUUCAGCAAGGAGUGUGAGCGGCGGAGAGGCCAUGAGUGCCCCAUCAUGUCAUGGAGUGCUGACUGUGUGGACACCCCAUUGCAGACAAAUGGAGACGAUUGUGGGGUCUUCAUGUGUAAAUUCUUGGAGGCCCUUGCAAGGAACGUCCCUUUGUCUGCAAUUGGGUGGAAAGAUAUGGACUUCCACCGUAAGCUCAUGGCUCAUGAGCUGAUCAGUGGGAGUCUGUUUCCGUCAGUGCCUGUGAAAGACAGCACUCCGAAUGAUGUGCACAAAUGGCCCGCUGCAAGAGCUGCCGCAAAGAAAGUUACAAGAAAAAGAGGGGGUCCGACUUUAAAGAGGAAGGCGGAACCCAACCAAAAAAUAGCUGUUAAGUUCAUAAAGUUUCCAAAGCUAAUGCAAAUAUGCUUGUAACUUGCACUCCUCAUUUUUCAUUGUAUUUAUAAUUGUUUGUGAUCUGCUAAUUGUACAUAUUUUAAUUUCAA